AUGGUGGAGGCCUCGAGACGACCUACUCCUUUGCGGCCCUCUCUGCCACUUCCUAAGCACCUCCAGCAGUUGCAUAAGGUCCCUAAUAUCCGUACUAAGGUAACUUUUUUGGUGAAAAAGUAAAAUGAAGCUUUCCAGGGUGUAUUUUUUUAGAACAUGCACAAAAGCUUUAAGGUAAAUCUCAUAAUUAUUCAUACUCAUACUCGCUCCAAAAUCUAGAGCCCUCCAAUUUAAGGCAUGUGUGAAAACAAGAAACAUUCUGUAUCAGUAUAUCUUUUUGGUAACAGGUCGGCAUGUCUCGCUCUCCAAGAAAGUAAAGACAUGAAGAAAUAAUGGUAUUUAAAGGCAAUAAGGAGUGCAAAAUGGUCAAGUAGGAAAGUCUGGAAAAUCCCUCUGUGGUCCUCCCAGUAAUGAUAAACUGCAGAAAUGACAAGAACAAUCUUAUCAGCAGCAUCAUACCACAUGUCAUUCAGGAAAAUGCAACACUUAUUUUAGACCUUGACAACCUUCCAAACCAGAAGGACAUGUUUACAGAUGAAAAUGGCAUAUGGACGAUGAAAGGAAGCCUAAGUAAUUGUACAUUGUUAACAAGGAGACAAACAGUGAAGUAAUUUCUUUCCCCAAAGGUCAAAAGAAUGCUGACAUAAUAAAACUAUUGUUCAUAGGUGUCCACGUAAGUCAUGUCUACAGUACUAUAAAACUCUUUUACUUUCUAUUGAGUGUGGAAAGGAAAUAAGCAAAUGGUACCCAAUCAUUCAUCUCCUUUGUUAUGUUGAUGCUGCAGCCCGGCAAUUCACUGUGGCCCUACGUGGUAGCAACAACAAAAAAGUUCAACAACUACGCUAACCACACACAAAGAACAAGUGAAAGUACUCAAGAAAAGUUGGCGAAGAAUGUUGCAGAUGUGAAAUUGAACACCAAGCAGGCAUUGUUUAAAAUGGUCAAGGAAGGUACAGUGGUAAGUGGCACUGCCAGGACUAGUUCCCUUCCGCAAAAUAACAUGUAAGCCAGAAACCUUAAGUAAAAGGUAAGACCUAACAACCAGCUCAAUAACAAAUGGUGCUAACGUGGGAGCAAUUGUGGACUCGGGCCUUGAGCACCACAAGUUUUGAGGCAUAACAGAAUCAUUCCCUAAGCAGCCGAUUGAAAAGGGCUUAUAGAAGAAGAGUCACUCCAAAACGAUCAAACAUGGCUGCAUAGAGUUACAACUUCAAGGAGUGAAAAUAAUGAUGGUGAUGCCUGCAAGGAAAAUGAGUCUAAUCUCUUCGAAAUAAAAGACAAGCUUGUAGAAAUACAAAUUGACAUCAUUCAUCCAUGGUCUAUUAAGAGAAGUCCCUGGUCUGUCUUAGUACGUUCAUGCUUCAUGCUUAGUAACUUCAGCAAAUAAACAAUAUCUAACUUUUGUCUUUAUUGUUUGUGAUAUGAAUAACUAGACAGAGUCCUUUAGCUUCUAAGACAAGAACGACUUUGAGAACAAGAUUUUCUCACAACUAAGCAGUGCACACAUGAACCAGCAUCAUUUUGGGGGUAAACUGGAGAGCCGUUGUCUUUCUACUAUGCUGUGGUAGCUCUUUCAAUAAAAAUAACAGUGCUAACUCUUACGGUGAAAAAGUAGAAUAAAUUGAAGCUUUCCAGGGUGUUUGCUUUUUGAGAAUACAAACAUCUCGUCCUCAAAUCUAGAGAGCCUAACCUAUCGCCAGAAGGUUUUAAGUGGCUACCUAAGCCAAGCAAGUAAGAGAAGAAAAAACAUCAGUCACAAAAUGAUUCCUAGCCGUUAUAUAUACUUGAGAACAGAAAGGAAAUAAAUUGCAGGCAGUUGUGAGGGAUUGGAUCACAACACUCACAGAAUCUCAUGACACUACACUACAGCCAUAUUUCAAGGGUGGGAUGCACAAUAAAACAACUUUGAAGUCAUUUCUUUGAGCAAGCAGGCUGUCCAUUUUGUUGUGGUGGUGCAAGUAGAGCUUUCUCAUGGACAAAUUCCAGUAACGUUCUACACAAGGGUGCAAAGAAGACAUGGAAAAAGUCGUAGAAUUUCAGUACCCAGCAGGUCAAUAUAGAAAAGUACGCUUCACAGCAUAUGAUCUUUCGGUUGCUAUCAGGUUCUUCUACUUUAUGUAUUGUUUUAUGUAAGGAAAACUUUGGUAAAAUCCUAUGAACAUGAUCACAUCCUCGGGGUAUAAGAAAUAUUAUUUUAUGCAUUUCUGUAGGGCUGGCUUGCAUUUUAGUCAUGUUAUAUGCACUGUUCACAGCAAGGGGUUCCCAAAAAACUGGUUGGAGGAAAUGUUUAUCAUGUAUGUUAUGCUAGCUAGCUAGAAUAUAUAGGCUUCAUAGGAUCACUAUAUACUCAUUAAAGUUAUGGUUAACAUAUAUUUGCUUGUGGCUCUCCUUUCUAUGCCUGUAAAAUUCAGUAAAAAAAUCAUUUCAAUUUUACUACCACAUAAAGGAGAGCCAAAGCUAUGGCGGGCUACUAGUGCCACUGCUUCACAUUUUAAAUUAAUGCAGUUUCUACAUAAACUCUCAUCUGCGCCGUGCACUGGUUCCUCUUUUCCAUACAAGUGAUAAGCCGAUUGCUUUUAAAUUGACCUCUCUCAUAAAAAUACACUUUCUUCGUAGAGAUAAACCUCUGCUGUAUAAAUACACCCCCGCCAUAGAAAUACGCCUCCGCCGUGGAAAUGUGCCUCCUCCGUAGAAAUGAGCCUUUUGCACAGACACAAACUCUUUCUGUGGAAAUGAAACAAUUCUCGGAAUACAGUAAUAGCCCGCGUAUAAGAACCUGGGUUUUAAGAACCUGUUAGGCUAAAAUUUUCAUUUUAAGCUCCCUCCACAUAAGAACCUAUUUAGGCUAAAAUUUUAAGUUAGGUUCUUAUCAGUGGGGCUGCUAUAAAAAGUGUAUAGGUAGAAACUGCUGAAUUAAGAUCAUCAUCUAUUUAAUAGUAACUUGACAUAUUUUUUUUUCUUUCAAGCUUAAGUACCAUGUUGUAUGUCUAUUGUGUUUGCCAUUCAAAUAAUUCCCCAAGUAUUUGCAAGUAGUGUACUCUACUACAGUAUCAAAGAAAGCUUUCUGACCAUCUCCAACUCUGUGAAAAUCACAAAAUAUUAAAUGUAAAAUAUCAAAAUAUAUCCCAAUGAAAUAAAUAAUUGCAAAAUUUCAAAACAACGAAAGCUCCCAAUGGGCAAGGCCUCAGCUUCUCAAGUCAAUGUGAGGUCAUUUCAAGUGAUAGAUCCUUUAGAUACAGCAUAUCAAUAUUUGUUUUUGCUUGUGGCAAAAAUGACACAAUGGACUGGGGAGGCAUGGAGAAAGCUCUCCUCAGACAAGAUGUUUGCUAAGAAACUGUUCAUGAAGACUGGUUGCCUGAUGACAGCUGAUGGCUCGGAUGAUGAUAUGAUCAAACCUCAGGGGCUAGAGCUAUACAGUUUUUAAUUUAUUUUUGUUUUUCAUUUCUCCUCAUUGCUUGAGCUUGUUAUGAAUUUGGUAUCAACAUGAGUUUCUUUGUUAUGUUUUGUUAAGGACAUAUGCUGUACCUGCACUGAACUGCCUAUAGGCAUUGCUCUAUGGUACAAAUAAAUGAUUUAUACUGUAUUAUGAGAUGAUAUUUAUAAUAUAUAUAGUAUAUUCAGAUGAAAUUCAUAUGAGAAUAUAAGAACCUAUUUUAAGAAUCUCGGUAGCCUAAAUUUGCUUUAAGUACCAUUUAUAUAAGAACCUAUUUAGGCUAAAUAGAAAAAUUCAGGUUCUUAUAUGCGGGCUAUUACUGUAGCUGUAUGUAGGAAAGGUCUUUACCCUUGGUUUUGUCUUAGAAUCUGACUUAAAACAUCUUUAUUUUCCCUUCACAUAGGAGGACCAGUGACAUUGCUGGAGGGUUCAACUGCAAAAACUACCAGUACAAUUACAAAGUUGUCUUUUCAUGAGUUCAAGAAGCUAAAAGAAGAUCAGAGGACUAAAAAGAUCAAAGCAAACAAAAAAGUGAAAGCGAUCGAAGAUGUAAAAAUCCAAAUCAGAGUUAUGGAGUAGCUAGAUGGUCAUUUGAAGAGAAUUAAGGGCAGGAUUCUUCCACUGGGGGUGCCCUCUAAUGUCUCCGCAGAAGCACUCCUGAAAGCAGCUCAAGAUAAACAUUCCAGGCACUUCAAACAGUUUGAUCAACAUCUGGACUAUGUUCUUCUGUAUCCAGACCAGACUAUUGUCCAGACCCUGCCUGGAAGUUCUGUUCUUUUCCCCCUUAACAAAUAUAAAGAAGAACUUGAAAAACCUUUUUCCAAAUUGUACUUUUGGUUGUGUAGUACCUCAGACGUCCAAAGCUGUAUUGAUUUCCUGGAAGAAGAGUCUGAACAAAGCAGUGAGCUAGGGCCAUCAUACAUUUCAGAUACUGCCACCACUGCUUUGGAAGUGAAGGAAAGAGAUGGCUCCUUAAGAGCAUCAAACUGCCCAGUUAAGACAAGCCCGUCAACUAACAGAGCUGUAAGUAAGACUUCCUACCCCCCAAGAGGAAACAGCACUUAUCCAACUUGCUUGAAGAAAUUGAAGCACAUGCAUACCUCUUUGUUGACCUCUGGGUUGACCCUGUUGGAGAGCUAGAAAGUGAUGGAGAACAAGAAUUCAUAGGGACAGAAGAACUAUCCUGUGAUGAGCAUGCCUCUGAUGAGCGAUGGAAUUUUCCCACAAGUUAA